AUGUAUGCUGUGACUAUUAGUGAUGAGGGUGACUGUUACCGGUGUUUCCCGCCUGACCCAGGCAUAGAGGCUGCUGCGCUAGGUACUUGUGAGGCUGCUGCUCUAGGUGCCAGUGCGUCUGCUGCCCCAGGUGCCGGUGAGUUUGCGCUCUCAGGUGCUGCGUCGCCCCCGGACACCCACACCUUCACCCUUGACUCGGGUGCUUCCCGCUCCUUCUUUCGAGACUGCACCACUCUCACACCGCUCAGUCGGCCUGUUGCGGUCUCCCUGGCGGACCCCUCUGGGGGUCCUGUCCUUGCUCACUACUCCACUGUCCUACCGUGUCCGGCGGUCCCGUCUGGCUCCCUGUCGGGUCUCUACCUCCCCUCGUUCUCUACGAACUUGGUGGCGGGUGCUGACCUCCAGGAUGCAGGAGUUGACCAGUUCACCCCUGCGCGUCAGCGGGUGACCCACUGCACUUGUGCGGACACGGGCCGCCACUUGGCCACGUUUGCUCGUCGGCCAGGGUCGAGCCUGUACACACUGACUACUGAGUCUUCCCCAGUCACUGAGUCUGCUCAGGUAGCCGCGUCGGGUCAGGUGUUUGCUGCGGCGUCCAGGUCUGGUCCUGAGUCUGCCCCCUGCUCGUGUCGUCUCCUGUCUCACCGGACUCUCCUCUGGCACCACUGUCUCGGUCACCCCUCCCUGCCUCGCCUUCGAGGCAUGGCUUCCCGUCUUCUUGUUUCUGGUCUCCCCCGGUCCCUCCCUCCUCUUCCUCCGGGGCCUGCCCCCACCUGCGUUCCCUGCGUCGAGGGGCGGCAGCGCGCUGCUCCUCACUCCUCCGAGUUUCCUCCGACAGAGGCUCCGCUGCAGACGCUUCACAUGGACGUGUGGGGCCCAGCCCGCGUCCGUGGGCAGGGUCAGGAGCGCUACUUCCUGCUGGUGGUUGACGACUACUCGCGUUACACCGCAGUCUUCCCCUUGCGCAGCAAGGGUGACGUCACUGAGGUGUUGAUCGCCUGGAUCCGCGCGGCUCGUCUCCAGCUCCAGGAGAGUUUCGGCUCCGACUUUCCUGUUCGGCGUCUGCACUCCGACCGAGGCGGAGAGUUCUCCUCUGACCUUCUGCGGACCUUCUGUCGCACACGAGGCAUCCGCCAGACCUUCACGCUUCCGGACUCUCCGCAGCAGAAUGGGAUUGCUGAGCGCCGCAUCGGCAUGGUCAUGGACGUCGCUCGUACGUCCAUGAUCCAUGCGGCUGCUCCCCAUUUUCUGUGGCCGUUUGCGGUUCGGUACGCGGCGCAUCAGCUCAACCUUCACCCCCGGGUCUCCAUGCCGGAGACCUCCCCUGCUUUACUGUGGACGGGGAAGGUUGGUGAUGCGUCGCGUUUCCGGGUCUGGGGAUCUAGGGCGUUUGUCCGCGACUUGUCUGCGGACAAGCUGUCCUCUCGUGCUGUUCCCUGCGUCUUCCUUGGCUUUCCCCCUGACGCGCCAGGCUGGCAGUUCUACCACCCCACCUCGCGCCGUGUCUUCGCGUCCCAGGACGUCACCUUUGACGAGUCGGUUCCCUACUACCGUCUCUUCCCCUACCGCACUGCGUCCCUCCCUCCCCCGCCGCUCUUCCUUACACCAGGCCCCCCUCCGGUAGACCCCCUCCCCCCUCAGGGUCCUGCUCCCUCAGGUGUGUCCCAGGUAGAUGCAGUUGAGCCAGUCGAGGUAGCUGUUGACUCUGGUACUGCUGGUGGUGCUGAGCCUGGGGGUGCUAGGUCUGGGGGUGCUUCGACUGGGGGUGCUGGGUCUGGGGGUGCUGCGACUGGGGGUGCUGAGCCUGGGGGUGCUGAGCCUGGGGGUGCUGAGCCUGGGGGUGCUGCGCCUGGGGGUGCUGCGCCUGGGGGUGCUGCGCCUGGGGGUGCUGAGCCUGGGGGUGCUGAGUCUCGGAGUGCGGAGCCUGAGAGUGCUGGACCUGCUCGUCCGGCGUCUGGUGGUGCUGAGCCUGGCGGUUCCUCCGGUGCUUCGUCCCGGCGGGAGCUGCUCUCUCCACAGGAGCUGCGUGAGUGGUUCGCCCGGCGCUGGCGACGUGCUGCAGGAGCUGGGGGUUCUACUGCUGCUGAGAGUGCUGGUGCCGAGGGUCCCAGAGGUGCUCGUACCGAGUGUACUGGAGCUGCUGACCCUACGAGUGCUCCUCCUGCUGGAGCUGGUGGUGCUGCUGGUGUUGCUGGCGCUGGAGCUGCUGGUGCUGCUGGAGCUGCUGGUGCUGCUGGUGCUGCUGGUGCUGCUGGUGCUGCUGGUGCUACUGGCGUUGGUGCUGCUGGAGCUCCUGGAGCUGGAGCUGCUGCGUCUUCGGGUGGUCCGGCUGGAGCUGGAGCUACUGGGGGUGUUGGCGCUGGGGGUGCUCCUGGCGCUGGUGCUGCUGGGGGUGCUGGAGUUGGAGCUGCUGGAGUUGCGGGUCUUCCUGGUGCUGGUGCUCCCGCUGGGGGCGCUGGUGCUGUUCCUGCUGGCACUGGUGGAGCUGCGCGGCCGCGGCCGUACUUCGUUCCGCUCCUUGAGCAGGUUCUUGGUCUUCCGUCCUCUCUUGGUCCUGCUCCUGCCUUAGAGUGUCCGCCUCCUGUCCAGUCUGAGUCACAGUUACAGCCACCUUCCCCGCUUCCUUCUCCUUCUCCCUACACUGGUCCUACUGGAGGUCUUGCUGAGCGUCGUGAGCCUGCGUCUCGCCCUGCGUCGCCUGUCCGUGCUGCUCGCACUAGUGGUCGUGGUUCGCGUCAGCGUCCUCCCCCUGUCCCCGGCACGCACCGGAUGUCUCUGCGUCCUUCCACUGCUCCGCUGCGUGCCCCUUUGCCCUCUCCUCCAGCGUCCUCUCUUCCUGAGCUUCCUGACGCGAAGUCGGACUCCCUUCGUGCUGCGCGUCCUACUGUCACGCGUCUCCUUGCUACUGUCGUCACUGACCCUUCCUUUGAGUCUACUGCUGCGUCUGCCCUAGUUGCUGAGCUUGUCGACUUCGCUGCUCGCUGUCGCCUAGACUACGCUACCAGUCUCGUCGCUGAGUCUGAGUCUGUCUGUCCUCCGUCCGUCGGGGGUGAGUGUGCUCUUGGCACGGACGUCCUAGAGGACAGGCAGGAGGAGUUCCAGUGCUUGGCUGCUGUUUCACCUCAUCUCGUGUCCAUGCUGCUUGCCCCUGAGGGAGACCCGGAUGCACUUGACAUCCCGACUCCGCGCUCUUACGCGGAGGCGAUAGAGAGUCCCUACUCCUCUCAGUGGCAGGCAGCCAUGGACGCAGAGAUGGCUUCCUGGAAGUCCACAGGCACCUACGUUGACGAGGUUCCCCCGCCUGGGGCGAACAUCGUCAGUGGCAUGUGGAUUUUCAGGGUGAAGCGGCCGCCGGGUUCUCCGCUUGUCUUCAAGGCGCGUUACGUGGCUCGUGGUUUCAGUCAGCGGCAGGGAGUUGACUACUUUCAGACUUUCUCUCCCACCCCGAAGAUGACCACUCUUCGGGUACUGCUGCACAUAGCUGCUCACCGAGACUACGAGCUGCACUCUCUUGACUUCAGCACUGCUUUCUUGCAGGGCAGCCUUCACGAGGAGAUCUGGCUGCGCCGCCCACCUGGCUUCACUGGGACGUUUCCUCCUGGCACCCAGUGGAGCCUCCGGCGGCCAGUCUACGGUCUCCGCCAGGCGCCUCGUGAGUGGCACAACACACUGAGGACUACACUUGCGGCCCUUGGGUUUGCUCCUUCUACUGCCGACCCGUCGCUGUUUCUGCGCACCGACACUUCUUUGCCGCCGUUCUACAUCCUCGUGUACGUCGACGACUUGGUCUUUGCUACAGCUGACACUGCUGGACUUGCCUACGUGAAGUCCGAGCUGCAGAAGAGACACACGUGCACAGACCUGGGUGAGCUGCGCAGCUACCUUGGCUUGCAGAUCACCAGGGACAGAGCACAGCGCACCAUUACCCUGACUCAGUCACAUAUGGUGCAGCAGGUCCUUCAGCGCUUCGGCUUCACGUACUCCUCGCCUCAGGCCACUCCUCUGUCUACUCGUCACUCGCUCUCAGCUCUGCCUUCGGAUGAGUCCGUAGAGUCGAGUGGCCCGUACCCAGAGCUUGUCGGCUGCCUCAUGUACCUGAUGACCUGCACUCGACCUGACCUUGCAUACCCUCUUAGCAUUCUGGCACGCUUUGUUGCUCCUGGGAGACACAGACCAGAGCACAUGGCUGCAGCGAAGAGGGUGUUGCGCUACUUGUGCAGUACGUCGGGCAUGGGGCUUGUGCUUGGAGGGCAUAGUUCAGUGGUCCUCACUGGUCACGCAGACGCUUCUUGGGCUGACGACCAGGCUACGCAGUGGUCGUCACAGGGUUACACCUUCAGCCUUGGUUCCGGCUCUGUUUCUUGGCGGUCUACCCGCUCGUCUUCUGUUCUCGGCUCCAGUUGUGAGGCUGAGAUCUACGCAGGGGCCAUGGCUGCACAGGAGCUACGCUGGCUCACCUACCUGCUGACUGACCUGGGAGAGCCGCCUCGUUCUCCUCCAGUGCUGUACGUAGACAACAAGGCCAUGCUGGCCUUGUGUCAUGAGCACAGACUGGAGCACAGAACGAAGCACAUCGCUCUCCGCUACUUUCUUGCUCGUGAGCUGCAGCAGCGUGGUCAGCUGCACCUUGCUUACGUGGCCUCUGAGGCCAACACUGCUGAUAUCUUCACUAAGGCACUCGCGCCUUGUGAUCAUCAGCGCUUCUGCACUCUGUUAGGUCUUGUACCUACCUUGCCUCACUUGCUUACUUCUUGA